UACAACAAAAAAAAUUAAUAAUAAAACCCUUAAAAAAUGAAAUGUAUUGAAUAUAUAUAUAUGAUAUAUCUCAAGGUUGCUUUAAAAGGGGAGCAAAACAUUUUGAAAAUUGUUGAUUGUGGGAGUGUUCUGUAAAGAAAUUCAGUAAACAUGGCUCUUGUUGGGAAGCUUGAGAGUGAAAUAGAAGUAAACACACCUCCCCAUAGAUUUUAUAAACUCUUUAAAGAACAAAUUGCUGACAUUGCAAAUGUUUCUCCAAAGUUAAUCCAAAAAAUUAAAAAUCAUGAUGGAGACUGGAGCAAACAUGGUCACGGUUCCGUCAAAGUUUGGAAUUACACUAUUGAUGAUAGUGCUGAAGUUUUUAAAGAACGAGUGGAAUUCGACGACAAAAAGCUUGUGAUAAGAAUGGUUGGAUUGGAAGGAGACGUGUUUAAGCAUUACAAAACCUUCAUUGCAACUUAUCAAGUUGUCCCAAAAGGACCGGGUCGUAGUGCGAUAAUUUUUACCUUGGAAUAUGAGAAACUUCAUGAUGGUCCUCCUUACCCUAACAAAUAUCAUGAGGCUAUGAAAGGCCUUGCUAAGGACAUUGAAGCUCACCUUAAAAAAUAAGGUUCAACGUGUUUUCUGACGUUGGCAAUAAUAAUAUGAUAUGAAUAAGUAUGUUGUGAUAGGGUUGAUUCUAUAAGAUGGGUGAGGAUUUUGUUACUAAAUAAUGGUUAUCCUCGUGUAAAAUGAAUGAAACUCGAACAUAAUUUUGUUCUAAUUAGUAUGUAAUAUGCUAUCUUUUGAUAUAAUGUAUGCUUUCUUGGCUA